AUGGCGAUAGCUCACGUCGCAACAGAAUAUGUUUUUUCGGACUUUUUGUUGAAGGAUCCCACAGAAGCCAAGUACAAGGGAAUGCGAUUAGAGCUUGUCGCGGACAAAAUAGUGACGUUUCUGGCCGUGGGACUACCUUUGUUUCUCAUCUCACUCGCGUUUGCGCAGGAAGUGUCCGUGGGUACACAAAUCAGCUGUUUUGCCCCUACUAACUUCUCAUGGAGACAAGCAGCAUAUGUAGACUCCUUUUGCUGGGCAGCAGUACAACAACAAGCUGACAGUUCACCACUAUGGCUUCACAAGUUCUUCCCAUAUAUUCUGUUGUCACUGGCUAUCCUUGUGUACAUUCCUGCCCUUUUCUGGCGCUUCACUGCAGCCCCACAUCUUUCAUCGGACCUCAAAUUCAUAAUGGAGGAGCUUGACCGCUUUUAUAAUCGUGCCAUCAAACUUGCAAAAAAUCUGGCAUCUUUGGAUGCUCAAGAUAAGGAUGUUUCACCGGACGCACAAAGCAGUGCUCUGGAGCUGACUGAGAGUUGCUUCAAAUACCCUUUAGUUGAGCAGUAUCUAAAGACCAAGCGUUUCUCUCACCGCCUUGUCAUCAUGUACUUGGCAUGCCGGGGAUUGACUCUACUCGUCCUGCUCCUUGCCUGCCUUUACCUGGGAUACUACAUCCAACUGGCCUCCCUUACCGAUGAGUUUUCGUGUGACCUGCGCACAGGGGUGUUGACCAACGACAGCAGAGUACCCUCAGCCGUCCAGUGUAAACUCGUGGCAGUGGGGGUCUUCCGGUUGCUCAGCUAUAUCAACCUUGGGGUUUAUGUGCUGCUCAUUCCACUGGUGGUGUACGCCGCUGUCGGACCUGCGCGACAAAGUUCCAACUUCCUUCGGCCUUAUGAGAUGCUGCCAGGCUUUGGUGGUUUGGGCGUCAUUACACCCUUCUACAAUGACCUCAGCAUCUACCUGCUGUUUUUGCAGGAGAACCUAAGUGAACUGAAGUCCUUCAAAUGCCUGCAGGUGCUUGAGUUAUUGCAUGAAGCUAGUGAUGAAGGGUUUGAUGCCAUGUGCUUACUGCGAACUCUGGGCCAGGUCAAGACAGAUGUGUUGGAUUGUAAGAAAACAUGUCCACGAAGUAAAUCAAAAGAAGUUACAUCGUGA